CCAUAAAAAUUUAAAUUUUUUUUUAUAUCAAUAUGAAACUGCAGUACUUUAUGAACUAAAUUGUGAUCAUCAAAAGAGUAAUCGAAUCAGAGGGUUAUAAACGGAAUUAUCUUAUCAACGUUAUACCCCUUUUGCCUGUAGAAAAAAAUAUAUUGCACAACGUUAACAAAACAAAUCAUAUAUAUUACAUAAAUAGGUAUCAUAGGUUGACGUUGUGUUUUAGUAGUAAAAGAACUUGUGAACUAUUUGCGUGUCACUCAAAGGCAAGAACUACCAUCGACUAUGGCUGAGCCAAAAUCAAGUGAAGGAAGAGGAGCAAGAGCAGAUUUCAAUCCAAGAUAUUUCAGAAAUCAAAGAGGGAUGAGAUAUAACAGGGGUCAUCCAAGAAACUAUAACUCUGAGAAAAAAUACUAUCAAAACUCAGACUUGGCCGCUACUGAUAGUUCAGCUGCAUCCAAUACAUAUGAAGGCAAAGAAAGAACUGCUUUAAGAAAUAAAUCUAGUCAUCAACCUUUUUCUGACUGCUCAAACAGUUCUAGCAUAAACGAGGAUGCCAUAGUCGAUAAUGAUCUUCCAUCUUAUGUAAAUCAACGAUAUAUUCCAAAAGAUGCGACCAAUCGCCUGUCCCAUGGAAAUCACUCUAGUAAAGCUAAGUUUAGAUCGGAAGAACACAACAAUGGUUCCAGUAGUAAUGCAUAUCAUUCAAAACCACUUCAUAAAUUUGAUUAUAGAAAAAGGAUAUCGAAUUCUACAAACGGUGAAUCUAAUUAUGCCGAAAAUGAACAAUUUACGCAAUUGUCCACUCAUAAUCCACCUUCUACAUCUCGAAAUUCAUCUACAGAGGUAAGACAAAGUUGGAAGCAUUCAAAAAGUAAAAAUAUACCUUCAGCAAAUACUGAAUCUUAUAAAAAGUCAGAUCAGAAGUUGGAUUAUGAUGAAGAAUCAAAAGCGGCAUCCCAAAGAGGUGAAAUCGUCGAUGGUCGUUAUAUCAGGAGGCAUGCAAAUAAGGCUAUACCUCAUUCACGAUCAUACAAUUCAUUUGAAAGCAGUAGUAACACGGGAAACACUUCUUUGUAUUGUUCCUACCCCCCUAGCAGAGAUCAAACCCAUGUUUUGAAAGAACAGCAAAAGACAUAUUAUGAUUUUGAUUACAAUAGGGAUUAUGCGUAUGAAAGUAUGAAUCAUACAAAUGAUAAUGCCAAAAGAAAAACUCAUUCGAAUUCUCGAAAGUAUGAUGCAAUUGCUUCUCCAACUGAUGUUUAUCAUUACUCGUCAGGAAUCGAUGAUGAAAAGAAAAUAAACACUUCAUCUAAUAGAGUUUUUAAUAAAGAAAGUCGCAGCUCAAAGCUGUCAAGGUAUAAAGAAAAUGAUGCAAAUCAAAGAGAGUUGUUGAUCCAGCAUUUAAGUAAAGGCGAUUGUGAGUGCUUAGUGUGUUGUGAGUCAAUCAGAGUAAAGGACCAGAUGUGGCAUUGCUUAAGCUGUUACCAUGUUUUUCAUUUAAGAUGCAUUAGGAAAUGGGCACGUUCUCCUGCAGCUACUGUUGAAGAUGGAGGGUGGCGCUGCCCUGCCUGUCAGAGCUUAACAAGUAAAGUUCCUUAUGACUAUUACUGUUUCUGUGGGAAGCAAAAGAAUCCUGAGAUAAAUUACCAUAUCACUCCUCAUAGCUGUGGGGAAAUUUGCAGCAGGAAAAGGCCAGAGUGUACUCAUCUUUGCAAGGAAAUAUGUCACCCUGGACCAUGCCCUACCUGUGUAAUUGUUGUGCAAAAAUCUUGUGGAUGUGGUAAAACUUUCAAGACAACAACGUGUAAGCAGUCUAACCAAGAAACCUGUGACUCUAUUUGUGAUAAAACAUUAAACUGUGGUAACCAUUCUUGUAAAAGCUUAUGCCAUUUUGGAGAAUGUUUACCCUGUGAAGCAGAAAUUUCCCAAGAGUGUUACUGUAGCAAAGAGUCACGUAAAGUUAUUUGCACUAAAGAAAAUUCUGUUCUUAAAUACUUUUCUUGUGGCAGUGUUUGUGAAAAACUGUUGAAGUGUGGACACCAUAAGUGCAGUUCUGUUUGCCAUUCUGGUUCAUGUGCACCUUGCAACCUUACCGUGGAAGCCAUCAGGACUUGUCCUUGUGGGCAAACAAGUAUAAACGAGCUCGUUGUUACGAAUCCAGCUUCAUCUCGAAAGUCGUGUGAAGACCCAGUUCCUGUUUGCAACAAAAUAUGUAAUAAAACUUUGUUCUGUGGGCCAAAAGAUAAAAACCAUAAAUGUCAGUCUUCCUGUCAUGUUGGACCUUGUCCUCCUUGCCCUCUCAGUACUUCUAGAAAAUGUCGAUGUGGAGCUAAUAACAAAGAAUUUAAAUGUGCAGAAAUUUCCCCAACAUUUGAUUAUACUUGUGAAAAACGUUGUAGCAAACGUAAAGACUGUGGUCGCCAUAAAUGCCUAAACAAAUGUUGCACCAAUGCUGAACAUAGAUGUGAACUGGUAUGCAAUAAAAAAUUAUCUUGUGGUAAUCAUCAAUGCCAGGAAACAUGUCAUGCUGGCAAUUGUCCAACAUGCUGGAAUGUUAGUUUCGAUGAGCUUAGAUGUCAUUGUGGUGAAUCUGUUUUAUAUCCUCCUAUACACUGUGGAGUUAAACCACCCGAAUGCUCUAAACCAUGCAUCCGCAGCCACUCUUGUGAUCAUGAAGUGAAACAUACCUGCCACAGUGAUGAGACAUGUCCACCUUGCACUUCAUUGACUGUGAAAUGGUGUUAUGGUCAUCAUAAGCAAUGUGGGAGUGUAAUGUGCUUCCUGGAUGGAGUUUCAUGUGGGAUGCCUUGUCAAAACCCUCUCCCAUGUGGAAAGCAUGAAUGCCAGAACACUUGUCACUCUGGUCCCUGUCUUAAACCAAGAGAACAAUGCCCUCAAGUAUGCUCCACCCCUAGAACUACUUGUGGUCACCCCUGUGGAAAUCAUUGUCAUGAUGGUUCAUGUCCAGAAACUCCUUGCAAAGCAAAGGUCACCUUAACUUGCCCUUGUGGACAUAGAAGUGAGAAAACCACCUGUUAUGACAGCACCAAAACCUAUAGGUUGAUGUCAGUUUCCGUAUUGGCUAGCAAAAUGCAAGAAAUUAAAGAAGGGCAAUCUGUCAAUUUGAAUGAUGUUCUUGGAAGGAAAUCAAAAAGUAGCAAAUUGCAGUGUAAUGAAGAAUGUGCCGUUCUGGAAAGAAAUAAACGGCUAGCUAUUGCUUUACAAAUACAGAACCCAGAUUUGUCUUGUUCACCUGGCCCUCCAAGUUAUUCUGAAUUUUUAAAAGCAGAAGCUAAGAAAAGUCCAUCAUUUGUGUCUGAUGUUUAUAGCAAAAUAAGUGACCUUGUUCAGUUAGCUAAAGAGUCAAAACAGAAAUGCAGGAGCCAUUCUUUUCCUCCAAUGAACCGAGAUCAACGUAGGGUAGUGCAUGAACUUGCUGAAUUUUUUGGUUGUGAAACUCAGAGCUACGAUGAAGAACCCAAGAAAAAUGUAGUUGUUACUGCUUAUAAAACAAAAUGUUGGCUUCCUUUUGUUCAUAUAAUGACUGUUGUUGAAAGGGACAUGGGAUUUAGAAAAGGGCCUCUCCCUGUUGUGAUUCCACGUGACACGAAGAAUUCUUCUGGUGCUAGUAGUGCAGUUAGCAAUCAAAAGAAAAAAAUAGAUUAUUUUGACUAUAAAGAGUAGAGGUUAUAUUUUUUAAAAUUUAUGUAUGUUUAAAAAAAACUGUAUAUAACAUGUUGUACAUAAAAAAUUGUUUACAAUUAAAGGAUUUUCUGAAUUCAUGUAAGGAAAUAGUCAAGAGGAAAAAAAAGUGGUAAUGAUUUAUUGUGUUUCAUUUUCAUCUUUUUUGAAUGGAUUCAUUUCAAGUACUUAAUUUUUGUUUUUGCUCUUUGUUAUAAUUCCUUUUUUUUUCAUUCAUUUCCUAUUUAAAAAAAAAUCAAAUUCAGUUAUAUCAUAUUUAAAAGGUAGUGGUUCAUGUUUUCAUAUUAUUAUCUUCAUUAUGACAAUUGUUUGAAUUAAUCCUAACUUAACAUUUGUUCCAAUUAGUUAGUGAAUUAGUAAGCCCAGAAAAAAGUCAUUCUAUUGAAAAUCCUCCGUAAUUGACCUGUUUCCUAACUGAUUGUUUCAUUAAUAUAAAUUUUAUUUUGUAUUUAUUGCAUUUAAUACACAGCAAUAGAAUCUUUUGGGCUUAUUCAACUUUCAGAUAUCAGCUAGAAAUAUUUAUAAAUGCUGUACUUAUCAAGUCUGAAAGUUUUUUUUAUUGUUUUAUUAGUUUCGAAAAUUAUUACAACAGUAAUGUCUAUUAAAUAUGUACUUUCAAAAACCUAGACAAUUUAUUUUCCUUACUGUUAAAAGUAUUUAUCGUUUUAUGAAACCUGCAUUUAAUUUUGACUUCCAAAAUACUUUCCUCUGAAAAGUUAAAACCUGCUGCUGUGUUAUGUUGAUUGAAAAUUAAAUGUUUUCUUUGGAAAGUUAUUUAGUAUGAUAUUUUUUCAAAACAGAGGUAGCAUAUUUCAAAACAUUAUGAUCAAAGUUUUUUGUACUAUUAAUACAGAUGCAAGUUGUGCUCAUACGAGAUGUGCUUUCAAUUUAUUCAUAACUUAUAAAAUGCCUUUUCAUAUUGGCAACAAUGAGCAGAAAUUUGAUAAAUCAAGUGAGUGAAAAUUAUAAAAAAAUUUAAAUGCCUUUGAAAUUGGAGUGUAAAUUUUAUGCCUUAAAUAAAGCGCUGAAACAAAUUUUGCUUAUGUCUUUCAAGAGGGCAAUGCUUGAAUUAAUUAUUUAAUUCCUCUUAUUUCUUUAAAUUCCUAAAUUUAUAUAUAUUUAAAUAGAUUUUCAGAAUGAUCUACUAUUAUGCUACUUAUGUGAAAUGAGGUUACUCAAAUAUUUAUAUUUUUAUCAUAAGUUUUGUAUUUUGCUUUUUUUAAAUACAUUUUACAAGAGAAAUGUAGAUACUGUUCCAUUUGGGGAGAAGAAAGUUGUAAAAAAAUUCAUUAAACUAUUUACUGAUGCUUAAUUGUGAUAAUAGGUACCCAGUAUACUAAUAUAUGUACUAUGGUAAUUGAAUUUUUAUGACCUGCCAAAAUGGAAUAGUACCUAAGUGUAUAAAAAUCAAAGGUUUCACAGCGUCUUUAUGUUUUUGUAUUUUUCUUUUAAAAAAUUCAUUCAGAGCUAAUCUGAACCAUUGAGUGACAUUGUGAACUUGGAAUGCAGAGACAUUUAACCCCUUAACGAUCGGUUAAUUUUCAGGAAAACGGUCAUAAAAGUGCCUAUUUUGCCAAAUACAUGUAUUUAAUUAGUGCUGACAUCUAGUUUAAAAUAAACUAACUAUCUACAAUUACCUUAAAAAUAUCCUGGUACUGCCAUCAGGCGUGUAAAAUGAGAAAUAAAAUGUUUUCCGGGCAAAAGAAAUGAAUUAGUUUUAUUCUUAUUGGCACGUUACUACUGAACACUCCAGCCCUAAAUUUCACGGGAAUGAGAAAUAGAGGGCGAAUCCUCACCUCAUCAUUUUCAAGGGGGCGAGAAGGAAGGAGUUAAAAGAAUCUGCAAAAACAGUUCUAGGAGUUGGUGAGCCCAGCGAGUAGGGAUAAAGCUCCCUAUUACUGUAAUAUUACUUAAUGUAACAUUAAGAUUAUUAAUAAUUAUAUGAUUCAGAAUUAUUAAAUAAGUUUUAAAAUCAUAUUUUUCCCUAAAACAAACUAAAAAAAAAUCAUAAAGUGAAGGGCUAAGUUUGCACUUUAAUAAAUGUCAAGAUUUGAAUAUUAUCAGAAUUAUUUACUCCAAAGGAAGACUAAUUUCAAACUUUUACUUACUUCUGGUGGUGCAAUAUCAUAUUUUUUGCAUCAUUUUUGCAAGCUUUGAUCAUGAUCUUUCAAAAUGUGCUGGUUGUUUUGGCCUGUAAAAUUUUUCACAGCAGUUAAUAAAACUGUAAAUUCUAUUUUCAUAGAGUUUGCACGGUAUGAAUCUAAAUUUUUUUCACAAACUUUAAUGCAAUUGUUUGAACAAAAGAAAUACGAAUUUUUUUUAUUUAAAAUUCACUAUAUAUUUAUUGUUAUUAGUUUUCUAAUAUCUAUAUUUAUAAAUCCUUUACACAAAGAGCUUUUGACUAAUAAUAAAAACAUAUUUAUGUACCGAUUUUCAAUACUCAGAAAUAUUUAUUCUGUAUAUUUUGUUAAAUACUCCAAAAGACUUAUAAACUUUACAAAUACAUUUCAUUUUGUACUGCAUAUUUAUAAUGAGUAAUUAUUAUUUAUUUAAGUAAAUAUAUGUAACUGUAAACUUUUGUAUUGAUGUCUUAAUAAUGUUAAACAAACACUAAAUAACAUGUUUGUUAUUAGUGUUUGAAUUUUUCUAUUAUUAAAUUUGUUUUUGACUGUAAA